ACUAGUCUGAGUCCUGCAUUCAGACAGGAUUGUGCGAUUGUGGUGAUUUAAAAAAAUAGCUAUGGCGAAAUUCAUGAUCAUCUUGGCAACUCUAUUUGCGUUUGCUACAAGUACACUAUUACAUAAAGGUAAAGGAUACGGAAGUGGCCUUAAAAACUAUCAAAAUAAUAAAGAAUCACAACAAGGUUUUGAAGGACAAGGAAGUCAGCAAGGAAGUAUUUUUGGAGAAACCAGUCACGACGAACAAGUUUUUGGAGGACAGUGGAGCGCCUUUGUAAAAAAUAGUCAAAAGCAGCAGAGUUUUGGUGCAGAUGCAUAUGCUUUCGGUAAUAGUGGUCACCAACAGCAAGGUUUUGAAGGACAAGGAAGCCAUCAGGGAAAUCUUUUCGGUAAAGACGGUCAAAAUCACCAAAUUUUAGGACAACAAGGGAGUCUUUUCGGAAAAAUUGGUCACGAGCAGCAAGUUAUAGGAGGACAAGGAAAUCUUUUCGGAAAAGGUGGUCACGAACACCAAACUUUUGAAAGUCAAGGAAGCCAACAAGGAAGCCUUAUCGGAAAAAUCAAAAAUCGUAAGCAACAAGUUUUAGGACGCAUAGGAAGUCUUUUAGGAAAAGGCAGUCACGAACAGCAAGCUUUUAAAGAAGAAGGCAGUCGUCAAGGAAGUCUUUUCGGAAACAAGCAGCAAGGUUUUGAAGGACAAGGAAGCCAGCACGGAAGUGUCUUUGGAAAAAUUGGUCACGAGCAGAAGGUUUUAGGAGGACAAGGAAGUCUUUUUGGGCAAAGCAGUCAUGAGCAACAAAAUUUUGGUGGACAAGGAAGUGUCUUCGGAAAAGGUGGUCACGAUCAUCAUGAUUUUGAGGGACAAGGGAGCCAACAUGGAGCUCUUUUCGGAAAAGACGGACACGGACAGCAAAGUUUUGGAGGAAAUGAAAAUUAUAAGCAGCAAAGUUUUGAAGAACAAAAAAGUCUUGAGGAAAGUAUUUUUGGUAAAGCCGGUCACGGACAGCAAGGUUUUGUGGGACAAGGUAGUCUCUAUGGGAAAGGUAAUCACGAAGAUCAAGCUGUUGGAAUACAAUGGAGUGCCUAUGAAAAAAGUGGUCAGGAGCAACAAGUAUUAGGGGGACAAGGUAGUCUGAUCGGUAAAGGUCAUUACGAGCAUCAAGUUUUUGGAGGAAACAGUAGUCCAUUAGGACUAAUUGGUCAUGGACAUCAAGAUUUUGCAACUCACCGAAAUGUUCAUGACCAUGGUCAUGGUUAUGGUCAUAAAAAUGGUCGUAAAUAAGUGAUAUUUUAGUGUAGUUAGUAUUCCCAUUGUAUACAUAGAUGAGUUAUUAAGAUACAUCUAUAAAGCAAACAAACUAUAUAAAUUUUUUAUUUUUUUAUGUCUUGACUAUAAUUUAUUUAUUUCAAUUAUAAAUGAAUGCUACAUAUAUG